UAUGUGCUGUCGUGCGGUAUCGACGAUACGUGAGCUGUGUUUAACGGUACAGUAAGGAGAGAAAAGUAGAUUUCGGUAUUGUGUUGAUGUAGGAAAGGUGAAGAGUGGUGAAUGGAGGAGCAGGCUCGCAGCUGCUUGCUGCGCUCCAGGACAACCCUGGAGCAGGACAUCAAGGCUUCCUUCCUCAUGGACCACAUGAUCAGUGACGGGGUGCUGACCGGAGAUGAGGAGGAAAACAUACUCAGUAAGUCCACCAGAAAGGAGCAAGCAGCAGCGCUGUUGGAGGUACUACUGCGCAAAGACAACAGGGCGUACAUCUCCUUCUACAACGCGCUGAUCCGAGAGAGCUAUGGAGACCUGGCUGCUCUGCUUCACAGUGACCUGCCGCAGCUCAGCCCCGAGGGGGAAAAGAGCUACUUUAACGGGAUCUCUCCCUCAGUGCAAGCGAUCCUGAGCGAGGGUGGCGUGCCCCAGAGGCCUGUGGUGUUUGUGAACCGUCCCGACCUGCUGAACCUGCUCCGGGAGAAGCUGCGCCAGCUGCAGAAAACUCCUGGAUGGGUCACCGUGUUCGGCAUGGCCGGAUCAGGGAAGUCCGUCAUGGCCGCCGAGGCCAUGAGAGACGGAGCGCUGAUCAGAGAGUGUUUUCCUGGUGGAGUUCACUGGCUGUCAGUUGGGCAGUGUGAGAAAGCAGAUCUCCUGGUGAGGAUGCAGUCUCUGUGCUUUCGGCUGGAGCAGGGUCAAAGUUCAGAAGCCUGCUUAAGACCGCCCAGCUCAGUUGAGGAGGCCAAAGAGCGCUUGCGCUUCCUCCUGCUGCGUAGGUUUCCCAGAUCUCUGCUGAUCCUGGAUGAUGUGUGGGACAGUUACACACUCCGGGCGUUUGAUAUCCAGUGCCGAGUGCUCUUGACCACGAGGAACAGCAGUCUGACUGACUCAGUGAGCGGUUAUAGGUUCGAGGUGCAUGUUGAGAGCGGUCUGGACGAGGAGAAGGCUCUGGAAAUUCUCGCUCUGUAUGUAAACGGGAGAGUGCCGAAUCUUCCAGAGGAGGCUCGCAGCAUUGUGAAAGAAUGCAAAGGCUCUCCUCUGGUCGUAUCUCUGAUCGGGGCGCUGCUCGGAGACUUUCCUGACCGCUGGGGCUACUACCUGGAGCAGCUGAGAAAGAAGAGAUUCCGGCGCAUACGCAAGUCUUCCUCUUACGACUACGAGGCCUUGGAUCAGGCCAUGGAUGCGAGUCUGCAGGUCCUUGAAGGAGAACACAGAGAGCUCUACAAAGAUCUGAGCGUGCUGGAGAAAGACGUCAAAGUGCCUGCCAAGGUGCUUUCUGUGGUGUGGGGUCUCGAGCUGGAGGAAGUGGAAGAUGUCCUCCAGGAGUUUGUGAAUAAAUCUCUGUUGUUUCGGGAUUGUAAUCAACGGCCAUAUCGCUAUUUCCUACACGACCUACAGCUCGACUUCCUCACAGAGCAAAACCGCAGUCAGUUAGCGGAGCUGCAUGCUAAAGUGGUCUGUCAGUACCAGAAAGCAUACAGUAACACCCCACCCCUUUCAGGAGAUGUGGAGGGAUUAUACUGGUAUCGCUUCUUGCCGUAUCACAUGGCACGGGCGGGCCUGUCCAAGGAGCUUUAUUCCCUCAUGUUUUCACUAGACUGGGUGAAAAAUAAGGCUCAGGUAAUGGGAUCUGCCCACUUAAUCAACGAUUACGUGGAGUAUGGGGAGAUUCUCGAUAAAGAGAACAGCCAGGUGAGGCUGCAGUUCCAGGAGUUCUUGUCUUUGAACGGCCACCAGUUGGAGGAGAGGCCUUUCCCUGACGUGGUGCAGCUGGCGCUGGCUCAGCCGCACUCCUCUGAGGUCUACAGACAGGCUUUUCUGCAAGCACAGGAGAGAGCCAGCAGGGGGCAGCUCUACCUGGACUGGGUGAACAAGAGCAGUCUAGAGAGUCUGUCACGGCUCGUGCUGCACCCUCACCAGAACUCCGUUUACUAUGCGUGUUUCUCUCGAGAUGGCCGCAAGAUCGCCUCCUGCGGGGCCAGCAAGACGCUGCGGGUGUUUAAGAGUACCUCUGGAGAGAAGGUCCAGGAGAUCCAGGCUCAUGAUGAAGAAGUUCUGUGUUGUGCGUUCUCCCCUGACGACCGACAGAUAGCAACCUGCUCCAGUGACAGGAAGGUUAAGAUCUGGAAUUUAGAAAAAGGCACGCAGGUGCGUGUGUUCGAUGUUGAGCACGAGGAGCAGAUUAACCACUGCCAGUUCACCAACACAAACCGGCGCAUCCUGCUGGCCACCAGUUCCAACGACAAAAUCACCAACACCAAGGUAUGGAACAUGAACAGGAAAUCAUCUCAGAACACCAUGUUCGGACACACAGAUGGCGUCAAUCACUGCUGCUUCUCUCCGGACGAUGCCUAUCUUGCCACCUCAUCGAACGAUGGAACACUGAAGCUUUUUGAGAUGACCACUGCAAACGAGUGGCAGUCUAUCGAUAUCACCAGUUUGUUUCCAGAGAGUGAUGAAGGGAGCGUUUCUGUGAAGUGCAGCACGUGGUCAGCUGAUGGCAAGCGCAUCAUAGGUGCUGCAAAGAAUGCAGUCUUUGUAUUUGAUGUAGCGACACUGGAUAUGUUGUUGGAGAUCAGGACCAGUCGUGUAAGCACAGUGCAGUACUGUGACGCCUGUCCGAACAGUCCACUACUAGCCUUAGCACUGUCACACUACACAGUGGAGCUGUGGGACUUUGAGGCUAAUAAGAAGAGGGCUGAAUGCAGUGGUCACCUGAGCUGGGUGCCUUGUGUGCAGUUCUCUCCUGACGGCUCACUCCUCCUUUCAGCCUCUGAUGACCAGACCAUCAGACUGUGGAAGACCAAGGAUGUGCACACAUCUUCAGCCGUGGCUCUGAAGAGGGACUUUGAUGUUCUCUUCAGUCAGGAGGACAUAACAGUGGCGGCAGCUGACAGCCAGAACGGGUUACAGGUGCGUUCGGGCCUAGACGGAAGGGUCGUGUUCAAGACUGCAAGACAGAAAUCGAGGAUUCGUUGCGUGUGUAUCUGCAGGCAGACGCGUACUGUGGCUCUGGGCUUGGAGGAUGGUAGCAUGCAGGUGCUCGAGGUUCCCUCUGGUAACACUUUAGCAACACUUCAUGGUCACACCAAAACUGUGCACCACUGCGUCUUCACAGAUGACGGACAAACCAUCAUCACAUCCUCAGAAGAUACAACAAUCCAGGUGUGGCGGUGGACAACAGGACAGUGUCUGAUCUUAGAAGGCCAUAAGGAACCAGUUAGAAAGUUUCAUCUUCUGAACUCUUCCUCUGCUUUGCUCUCAUGGUCAUUUGAUGGCACUGUAAAGGUGUGGGAUCUGAAGUCAGGAGAGAAGCUCCAGGAUCUGAAGUGCCAUCAAGGUGCUGUUCUGUCCGGUGAUGUAUCUCCUGAUGGACACCUCUUCACCACCACUUCAGCAGACAAGACGGCGAAGGUGUGGAGCUGUUCAUCAUGGAAGAUGCAGUUCUUCUUGCAAGGCCACAAAGCAUGUGUACGCAGCUGCCGGUUCUCAUGGGACAACAAGCGCCUCGCUACUGGGGAUGAUAACGGCGAGAUCAGGCUAUGGAACAUAUUGAAUGGAAACCUGCUGAAGAUCUGCUCCCGGGAGAGCAAGGACUCGAUGGAUUCCUUCCAUGGAGGCUGGGUGACUGAUUUGCACUUCUCUCCUGAUAACAAGGUCCUCGUAUCUACUGGAGGAUACGUCAAGUGGUGGAGUGUGGACAGAGGAGAAGCCCUGCAGACCUUCUACACCACAGGAAACAACCUGAAGCGCAUCUGCGUCUCGUCCGACUUCAGAACAUUCGUCACCAUCGACAACAUCGGCAUCCUGUACAUCCUGAAGCAGGUGGAAUGAGGACAGCUUUCGGCUGGACCAUCUAGAAUCCAGUCUCGUAAAUCAUUUCCUGUGUUUUUAUUUCUUGCCUGACUGCAACUUCUUUAGAAGGUUCUGUGAACGCAGCUGUAACUUGAGAAAACGACCUGCCGUAUGCACGUUCCGUUGCCUUGCGGAAGCAAAUCACUGCUUUUCUAGGACAAUCUUGGUCUUUCUGUUCUAAUUUAAAAUAUGUUCUCAAUGACACCACAUCGGAGGGAGAAGGAAGCACUGCACCGUUGUGCCUGAGCGUUUGAUCUAAAGCCUUAAAAGCUCAAAAAUAUACCAGUAUGGAAAGCAAUGUCUCUUAGAUUUGAUGUGCUGGGAAUAAAUUAAGGUAAAAUGAAUGAUUUUGGAUUUUAUUCGAGAACUGCAAAAUGGAAUGGAAGCAAUUACAUUGUGCUUCAGACUUCAGUGAAAACAGCUGAGAAGGUGGCUUUGCACGGUCAAUAUUCCAGCUCUGUAUAUCCUCUAAAGUGUCUACGGUCACAGCUGAUCGGAUGCCGAAGCUAAAAAUAAAGCUCGUGUUUUAAGCCAGUGAUGAAAUUGUAUGUGAACGUAUGAGUCAGUGCCCUAAAAACUGCAAAGAAAACAAAAAAGUAGCCUGCUAUUACAGUCACUUGAGUGAAGAUGAGAGAAGGGCAGUUUCUGAGAGGCCUGAUAUACCAAAGACCACAUUUUAAGGUUAUAAAAAUGGACACAAUACAACGUUUGACAAAACAAAGUACAUCAGCAACAAGAGCUGGAUAAUAAUUGUGUGUGGGUUUAAUAUUUCCAUCUUAAUAUUUAACAAAAAGGCUAAUAAUAAUUGUCGGUACGUAAUUACUCUGUUCUUAUGGAAAUAGUUUGUCCGUCGAGGUUUUCUCACCCAGCUAGAACCUCUGCAUUGAUCGUCAUGGUAUGAACUUUUGAAUUUACUCAGGUGUUUUGCAUCGUAGACACAGUGCACGUUACAGCACUUUUCUAUAAAACUUGGAUUUUGAGACUUUUGUAAUCAUUCAUAGGUGUGUACAGGUUCAACCGUUUCUGCCUAAAAAUACAGGAAUUCAUUUUUCAGUACAAGAAAUAGCCUUUAUAUUUGUCCAAGCAGUCAUGUUUUUCUAAUAAAGCUGUACAUGUUUCAUCAGAUAAACAUCUGCAGAGAAUGUAAAAGGCAAUUCAACACAAAUGUUAACCUUACUGUGAUAAAAUUAAAAAACAAAAUUAUGGUGCUUUAAUUAAAAAAAAAAAACACUUGUCUAUAUUUCACUGGAUUUAACAUCUUUGGUUGAUCUCUGUUUUUUGUGUAUAUUCAAG